GAUAUCUUGGAUCGAAUAAAGUGGUACUGGCCAAAGCGUCUUUGGCGCUUACUGUUUCCAAAUCCAUUACGAUCUACGUGGACAGCGGACACAUAAGCCCUCGGAAUCCUCGGCAGGACGCAUCGAGUCAGUCCGACAGACUAUCAAAUUGGUGCAUUCUCUGUGUAGAUGCCAGACUGAAAAUGUCUUAUCAUAAAAUAUCCCGGUUACUUAUCGCAAACAGAGGCGAGAUCGCUUGUCGAAUUGCGUGGUCAGCUCAGGUCUUUGGUUGCAGAACAAUCGGCGUCUACAGUGAUGUCGACAUCCAUUCUCUUCAUGUUCGGAUGAUGGAUGAGUCAUAUCAUAUUGGACCACCACCUGCACGCGAAAGUUACCUUAACAUAUCCAAGUUGAUUUCUGUAGCUCGAUCGGCUGGUGCCGAUGCUGUGCAUCCUGGCUACGGGUUCUUAUCAGAAUCCGUUGAAUUCGCAGAAGCUUGCACGAACGCCAGUCUGAUUUUCGUCGGUCCACCCGUCUCUGCCAUCCGUAAUAUGGGAAUAAAGAACAAGUGUAAAACGAUCAUGGUGUCAGCUGGUGUUCCAGUGAUAAACGGCUACCACGGCACUGACCAGUGUGAUGCUCGGCUGUUUAGCGAGGCCGAAAAGAUUGGGUUUCCCGUCAUGAUCAAAGCCGUAAGGGGCGGUGGUGGCAAAGGUAUGCGCAUCGCCCUUAAUCCCGAAACAUUUUUUGAGGAACUAACUGCCGCUCGACGGGAAUCACUGAAAGCCUUCAGCGACGACGAAAUGCUAAUCGAGCAGUUGAUUACCUGUCCUAGACAUGUUGAAGUGCAAGUUUUCGGCGAUCAAUUCGGCAAUUACCUGCAUCUGUGGGAACGCGAUUGCAGCGUGCAGCGCCGUCAUCAAAAAGUUGUGGAGGAAGCCCCAGCUCCCGGUUUGUCUGAAUCUGUGCGCAAAGCCAUCGGUGAAGCAGCUGUUUCCGCCGCUCGUGCUGUGCAGUAUGUGGGUGCAGGGACAGUUGAAUUUGUUAUGGACCAGCAACAAAGAUUUUACUUCAUGGAAAUGAACACCCGGUUGCAGGUUGAACACCCUAUCACUGAGGCUAUCACUGGAAUCGAUCUGGUGGACUGGCAACUAAGAGUUGCUAGUGGUGAACCACUUCCUAUUACGAAUCAAGAGGCGGUUCCACUGAAUGGACACGCUUUCGAAGCCCGGAUUUAUGCGGAGGACUGUUCCGACCCCCUGCAUAUGUUUCCCGUUUCGGGAAAAUUGCGGCUAAUCCGUCUUCCUUCCAAUCUCGUCAACUUCAUUCCCGCUAAUCUUUCGACUCGUUUGGAUAUUGGUGUGACCUCUGGGGACGAAAUAUCGGUUUACUAUGAUCCACUGAUUGCCAAGCUAAUUGUUUGGGGCGAAACGAGAGCUGAUGCUCUAUCUCGUCUUCGACGGGCCCUCAGUGAAUGCUGCGUUAUCGGUUUGCCUACAAACAUUUCUUUCUUACUACGUUUGAUUCUGCACCCCGAGUUUAUAUCGGCAAAGGUGCACACUGGAUUCAUUAGCCAGCACAUCAAGCAACUGCUGCCACCUACUCUUGACACUGCCAAUCCUGAUGGCAUCUUGCAAACCUCGAUACAAUGUGCUGCUGUCGCUUGGAUGUUUUUGGAGUCUCUACUAUUUAACAGGAAAGUUAAAUCACCCGACCACGAUCUUUUGCGACAGCUCGCUGGUUUUCGAGUUAAUCUCACUUACUCCAGAAAUGUGCAACUUAUUGACGAUAGGGGUGCCACUGUUUGCCUACGUGUGUGCUUUCCACGAAACGACGGAGAGGCGUAUCAGAUAUCCACCAUAUCGGACUCAAGCGGCCACUGCUUCUCUUCCGAUCCUCUGUCAGUGAAAUUGACUUAUCUACCGAGCUCAGCUACAAUACGUGAUGAGCCAACAGAGUUUAUGUUUAGCUUUGAAGUGUCCCACCUAAAUUCAUCUUUAGACACCCGUCGAACAUUUAAAGCGUGUGUACUAUAUGACCCUGAGACGCAUAAACUAUAUUUCUUAGAUCCUGCUACUGGUGCUCAUAAAACUUUCUUCCCAAAACCGCCUGCGUAUCUACAAAACAAAUCUUUCCAAGACUCCUCUAUAGAUACAAGCCCGUUGGUUUGUACCUCACCGAUGCCUGGAAUCAUAGAACACGUAUUUGUAUCAUCUGGAGACAAAGUCACCGCUGGACAAUCUUUGUUGACGCUGAUCGCUAUGAAGAUGGAAUACACUGUUCGCGCAAAAAUUGAUGGCUAUGUUGAUGCUGUUGCUGUCGUCCCAGGAGACUCAGUUGCCUCUUCACAGCAGCUUGUCCGACUCAGGUCCACUUAGCUUCUUCUUCCUUUUUUCUAUUCGAAUUCAGUUAGCAUCUGUUUAUCCCUCAGUCAGCGUUUUACGCCUCCUUCUAGUGCUUUCAUGAACGUAUUCGUCGCGUGCCACAAUCUUCCGCUUAUCCUCAUUUUUUAUACAUUCUAAUUCAAUUAUUUUUCUACGGCCACCUCAUCAUUUGUUUCCUAAUUGAUGGUUACUGUUAUUUUUCCAAUACUUUAUUUGUUAGCGAACAUUUAUACCAUUUUAUUCUAUUUUUCUCCUGAUUUUUAUUGCCCUAUCUCGUAAACGCACAUGUGAAACAGUCACUUGCCGAAUAAACAUAAAAACCA